GCACCUGCUCAGAAGACCCCUACCUGUGCGGGGCCUCCUGGCUCCUGCGACUCACCAGCCUCCUCCUCAAAACCUGAAAUUCCAGUCAUUCCUUCAUCGGAGACCAGGUGCUUCUGCGGAACACGUUAAAUAAGAACUAGGAGAAAACACUGAGAUCCUCGGAACUGAAUCCUGAGGAGGGCAGGGGAGGCUGUUACUGUCUGUCAUGUUUGGUUCGAGUGAAACACCCCUCCCUGGGCCGCAGGGAUUCUAGGACGUUUCUGGAAUCAGAGGACAUUUGCAAACAGGGUCUUUCCUCAUCAGACAAUGAGGCGGGCACGGCGCGGGGACCACGGUAACAAGGUACCGUCCUGUCUGCGUGUGGGCUUCCUCCACUGUCCCUGUUGUACUGAGCUGGAGACCCACGGAAGUUACAUAGUGUCGUCCGUAGACAUCGCGGCCGGACGACGGAGAAAGACCGCAAGGAAGGGACGGCGGGACGGAGGGAACCAAGGAGGGAAAACGGAGAAAGGGACAAAAUUUUACGCUGAAGGCGUCUGCAGCGCUGUGACCCAGAGUCCUGGAGCCCGUGGGUCUGCCGUGGAUGAUUCUGGAAACCCUCUUAUUCUGAAGGGGACUCAAGGAGCUUCUGUGCUGUUUCUAGUGAUCAGAAAUCCAGAAUUACCUCCAGAAUUUGAGCUGGAGAAGAUGUCUUGGGGCGUCGUAUCCAGAUCCAAUUACAUAGUCAUGCUGCACGUGUUUCCUGGGAGAGAUGUUCCAGAAUGGGUCAACUUCCAGGACAAGUUCGAGAGGAGAGUCUAUGUGCUCAACAUAAUGACCCUAAGGAUUGACAACCUGACCCUUGAGGACAGUGGGCUGUACCGGGUUCGAGCGUCCUAUACGAGAGGAAGACAGUAUGACCAGGAUUUCCACCUGACGGUCUACGAAAUCCAAUGCUGUGAGGUCAGCACAAGUGCAGGCAGAGCUGAGACUCACACCAGGGACGAGUCACGUCUGUGCUUCAGGAGGGAACACGGAAUGGGGGGAAACGGGGACUUUGCCGUAACACUCAUUGUCCCCGUAGGACUCAGGGUCCUUGAGCCUGUGCCCCUUCCCCAGAUCCAGGCCAUGGAUCUGUCCCUCACACCAGGCUGGUGCAACAUCACCAUGGAGUGUAACACCACAGGAACCAGGGAGGACCUGACCGUGUCCUGGGACAGCGAGGGUCUCCCCAGGGAGCUGGAGCAGAGACCGGCCCCAGGACCAGCGCCCAACCCCUGGACACUGGCUGUGAACCUGCCCCUGAGCCAGCCCAGCCCCAGCCUCACCUGUGUGGUCAGCAACCAGGCAGACCAGAGAACUGCCACCCUGGACCUUGGGGACAUCUGUGGUCGUGGACUCUGGCAGGAACAUGCAACCUGCUUCUGUCCUUUGGUGUCGCUCCCGUGCUGCUCUCCAGCCCUCAGCCCUGCUGGUCCAGGCGGCAGCCAGCAGGUACCUCUCCCCGCCCUCAUCCAUCCUCCUGAGUGUGUCUAGGGUGGCUUUCAGGAAAAGCGAGUUGGGGGUGUCCAUGGUCUGUGCCAUCUGAGGGUCUGGACCAGUGACUCCCUGUAGAAUUCAGGGCUCGCAGAUCCUCUGCCCAUUUCUGGUCAUGUCACACCCACCUGCUCACCUGCGUUCCCGAUGUGUCCCGCUCUCCUCGGCUGCCAGCCUCCGCUCAGGCCCCUCCCUCUGCCCUCAGCCCUUCCAAGUCAGGAGUCCCCCACUCCCCACUUACUCCCAUCCAGGGACCCCCUCCCUGCAGCUGGCUCUGGGGGCCUGUGACCCGGGCAGUCCCACAGGGCCGCGUGCUGGGGGCAGUCCCAGCAUGAGCAGAGUUUGCACAGGGCUCCGCAGCCUCGAUGGCUCAGGGCCCUGCAGGAGCUGCUGCUGUCCUGCCCUCACACCUCGUCUCCUCUAAGGAGUGGUCAGUGGCCCCGCCCUGGGAGCUGAUGCUCUGGCCCAGGAUUAGUGUCCUGUGCAGCCUGACACCCUGGAGGGCAGUGGCCAUUUCUGCUGCUCCUUGGAAUGCCUGUCCCAGCCUUGGCCUCAGGCCCUUUGCUCACAGUUAGUGGGUCCCUGAGUGAGUGAAUGACUCGGUUCCUCUUGAGCCACCUCUCUCUCCAGCUGGUGGACCUGCUGCCUCAGUAUCUGUGAUCCCAGAGGAAGCUCAUGGCUCACCGACCCGCUGGUCCCUCCGGAAAGAGGCUCCUGCCUCCCUCUCACCCUCCCACCCAGGUCCUCCUGCCUGGUCCCUCCCUGGCCGGCCCCAGUGGGUGCCAGUAGCUCCCAGGGCUGGGCAGUUGUCACAGCUAUACUUGGUCAUCGGUCUCCUUCCUGGGAUGCCUCACCCACCCUGAAUAUGCAGCAAUCUCCUACUCCUCCCUCAAGACCAGGCUUGCCCAUCACCUCCUCCAGGAGGCCCUCCCUGAUGACCUGGGUACAAGGUAUAAGCUCUAGUGUCCUGGGAUGGCUCUGGCUGGCUGCCCCUGGCAUGUGUCAGCCCUCCCCCUGCUGAGGGGCUCCUCAAGGGCGGGCACCAUGUCCUGCUCCUCUCAGCACUGCGGCCCCAAGCAGGAGCUCAGGAACGGGCUGAGUGAGAGCCUCUGCCAUGCUCCUCCCUCUCGAGCUCCUGACCAGGUCCCUUCAGAGUGUCCUUGUGCCUGGCAAUGGGCAUCCUCAGUUCUCUGUUGCCUUAACCUUCCUCACUCUCUGUGCGAUGGAAACAGAUCUACAUGGACCAUCUCUUCUUGCUCUCCUGCGUGACAUCCUGGGGACUAUUGUGGUCAUACUGAUGAUCCUUGAAGCUGGACUAUACCUUUG